AUGAGGCAUGAUGUAGUUGUGAUUUUGAACUUGUAUAAGAUAGGAUUGUAUGGAAGAGGUAAAAAGUGUGGGUUUCUGUGGUGGGAAGUGCUUCUGGUCCUGGUCCCAACAUUGGCUGAGGCAAGUAAUAAGUACUUUACUGGUCCCGAUCAAGGCUUGGUUCCAAGAAUGGUACUAUGGAGAAGGCUCAUUAAUUAUGAGCCUCCAUGUAUUUGA